CCUCUGUGACCAGAGACAAUAUUCGUACUCUGGCAAAUUCUGCUUUUCGUUUGUAGGUUAUGUUUAGUGGUGAAUUGUCAAAUUUAGUGUUAAAUAUUUUCUUGGAAAUCUUAUAGAUAUGGAGUGGACUAAACCCGAACGUUUUACUUAUUAGUAAUCGUGAGAUUUUGAUCCCUAGUGAACUGGAUAUGAAAUUGUAAUCGUUUCGUCAUAAUGGCUGUGUGGAUUGCCGUGUCGCUUGACAUUGAGAUGUGAAUCCGAAAGUUAAUACGCAUUUUUCGAUAGGAAAGCUAUUAUCGUUGUGAGCGUACAAUAGUUCUUAUGCAUCACGAAUGAUACCAGUACACAACUCUGAGUACACCAAUUAUAUCAAGAUGACGUCGAGUCAACUGUCCGUUAUUAAACUUUACAAUACCGUAGUAGAUGACGUUAUAGCCGGAGUGCGCGACUGUUUCUUAGAUGACGGUGUGGAUGAGCAAGUGCUGCAGGAGUUAAAACAGUUAUGGAAGACCAAAUUGACUGACAGUGGCGCGUUGGACCCGCCUCCAUUGGAACCGGCGAUGCCACCGCCACCAGUGUUACAAAAUUUUCAAAAAGCAAAUGGGAGCAAUGCGAUACAAAAACGUAUUCCGGAUGCGCAUAUGGCGCAGAGCUCGAGCCAUCAAAGUUCAGGCGCAGAGCAUGGAGCACCAGGCCCCAACUUGGCCGGCACACAUCCUCACGUUUUAGACCCCAGCAAUAAAGUUCCAGUGCAAUUGACGCUUCCGGCGCAGCCUGGUGUCCCCGGAUCGCAACCACGUUCUUUUACUAUUCAAAUUCCAGCCUCUGCUCUAAAUGGUAACAAGCUUCAUCAGGUAUUGACUGGGCCCAUAAUCAAUGCUACAAUUAGUUUACCUCAGCCACUAGCUGCAACUCUUCUUCAGCAACAUAUUAAUUCUGCUCUAGCAGCGCAACAAAAUGAGUUUGAUGGUGGAGGGGGAGGCAGGAGUGGUGCAGCCCCAUUUUCCCUUGAUGGUGCACUGGAUUCUUCAGAUGAUGAAGGCUCAAAUGGAGGUGAGGGCUCAGAUGAUGCAGCAGGGGAUGAUGAUGAUGAUGAGGAAUCCGGAGAAGAGCCAGCAGAGGAGGAGGAGGAGGAGCGGGAUGAGGAUGGUGGUGCUGAAGAGGAGCCCCUCAACUCGGGCGACGAUGUGUCUGAUGAAGAGCCAGGCGACAUGUUUGAUACAGAUAAUGUUGUUGUAUGUCAGUAUGACAAAAUUACUCGCAGCCGCAACAAGUGGAAGUUUUACUUAAAAGACGGGAUUAUGAAUUUAGCUGGUAAAGAUUAUGUCUUUCAAAAAGCCAACGGAGACGCGGAGUGGUGAGAUUUCUCUUACCUAAAAUACAAGUUGUGUGUAUUUUAAUGUGUAAGGUGUCUCAUGACUAGAAUAAUUCUUACCAAAUGAAAAUGUUUAAUGGCAAGUGGUGAUCUAUAGUAUAUAAAAUUAUAUCUCAUGAGGUUAAUAGUGCGCAUUUUGGCUUUUAUCAGGGAUGGUUAUGAUGGUUGGCCAGGUUACUCAUUUAUUACCCAUUUAGAUCAUUAUAAUAAUUUCUGCCUAAAUGUUAUUUGCCAAGAGAAAAUAUUUUAAAUACCUACAUAAUCUUUUCAAUAUUUAGUCACAAUGUUAUUGUUUUAUGAUUCACUCACAACAGUCAUUUGGUAUAAAUUUAUUUUAAUUUUAAAGAAAGUGUUAUGAUAGAAUUUUAUUUGCUAAAAUGCAAAGUCCGGAAAUUAAUAAUUUGAGAUUCGUAAUUCAGGGUAUUGGUUGAAGAAAAAUUAAUAAGAAUAUCCUUACACACAGGAUAUUUAAUUAUAAUAAUUUUAUUUUGCUAUAUUAGCUUCACUAAUUAACCCUUUACCACAUACAAAGCCAAAUAUGGCAGAUAUGUUAUUCAAAUCUUCUUCUUCCCCGUGUUGUCCCGGCAUUUUGCCACGGCUCAUGGGAGCCUGGGGCCUGCUUGACAACUAAUCCUAAGAAUUGGCGUAGGCACUAGUUUUCCCAAAGCGACUGCCUUCUGACCUUCCAACCCAUAGGGUAAACAAGGCCUUAUUGGGAUUACAUUGGAUAUGAUUUUCAACUCUAUUGACAGCUAUUAAAGUUCAAAUUCAAACAAAUAUUUUUUAUUACAUGCAGUAAUCCCUAGUAAUAUUUUGAGACUUGAGCUUUGUUUUCUUAUCACCAUGUGUAACCAGAAUAUCCCGAUCACUCUUGUGCCAUAACAAAAGUAUUUAAGAGCUGAAUUUAUAAAUAAAUAUAAAUAAUGUAAUACUGCAUAAUUUAGUGAAGCUAACUGGCAUUCAAGAAAAACAAACUAUUUUUAUUACAAGCUACUUGCGGUGGUUAACAAGCUACACCGACCUAAUGUGUGAUAUUUCCAAAUUUUCAACUGGUACAUAUAUAAUUCCUUAUGUUUAAAUCAUUUUUUUUUGCAAUAAUGUGACUAGCAAAGAUAGCACAAGAAACAAUGUGACACAUGUGACUUGGAAGAAAGACUGCUCUGAUUGAUUCAUCUCACAUGUCCAAUGUCCCAAUCUGAAUUGUUAACCUUACUGCUUCGAUAUUCGGGGCAUGGACAGAUUGGACAGUGAAUGUGUCAAUACAAAUAUGAAGGAAAAAGUAGUUUAUCACAUGCGCAACAUGGGUUGUAGUGUUCCUUGUACUAGCUGUGCAGCGCUGCAGCGCAGUACAAAAUGUCAGACUACUGGUUUUAAUAUUUGUAGAUAUCUCAUUCCAUUGUGUGACCACAAUUAUACAUAGUUAAAAAAAGUUAAAUUAGUAUAUUUCCUUUGCGAACAAACCCAAAUAUCUGUAUACAUCCUUGGCAUAUGAAUUUAUUAUACAAAGUAGACCCUGAGCCUACUAAAGAAUGUAAAAAUUACUGCAUUUCACAAAAGGAAAUUUGUUUACUGUAAGUAACUAAAAUGUACAUUUUUAUGGGUUCCAUUGUUAUUAGGUGAUAUGUUUCUGUAAUUAGAGAUUCUUCAGAACAUCUUCAAUUAAACCUAAGUAAAUAUAAUUAAUCUUAUGUACUUUAAAUUUAAUCUCUAUUGGGAUAUUACAGUUUUGUUUAUUUUGGUCUAACAAAUCUACUAAUUUAUCAAAAACAUCAGAAUGUUUGCUUUGCAUAAACUUUUUGUCUAUUAUGUAACUAAGUACACAUAUUGAGUUUACUUUUAAAACUGAGUAAUUGUCUGGUUUUUAAGGGUGUGUCUUGUGUCAAAACAUACAUGAAUUCAUGAUCUGAACGUUUAGAGAUUUGUCUGAAUUAUUUCAUGAACCGUAGACUUUCAGGUCAUGUAUUCAUGAGUGUGCAAGAUCCCUUAAUAUUUGUGUUAUCUGUGGAAUGGCAAACAAUCUAAGAUUCUAAUUUCGAUUUCCACAGUAAGGCUUGAGGCAUGUUUAAUAAGCUCCAAGUUACAAUUUUACGGAUGAAAACUAGUGAUCCAAAAGACUCGAGUCCUGUUAGCUCUUUUUUUAGGGCUCGCCUCAUCUCUUGACGCCCAAAAGGCUAAAACCCUAUUUUACUAAUUAAACAAAAGAGAUGAGGCGAGCCCUAAAAAAAGGCUCACAGGGCUCGAGUCUUGGAUCACUAAUGAAAACCGGUGAUUAACACGCGCUUGACCAAUGGAGUCAAGCCAUUUGAACAGUGUUGCGGUUUCAGACUUAUAAAAUUGUAAGUUUUAGCUUCAUAAAAUGGGGUCCAGAUUCGAUAUCUACAAACAAAUUAUUACAUAAAAUUAAGGAGUGUAAAAAAACCCUUUAGUUUUUUAGUUUAUAUUGUGAUAUGAUCAAUAGUAUCUAAUUUUAUUGUUAAUUUAAUAGGUGGGUUAAACAAUAGGUACCUAUUUCGGAAGGUGUUCUUUGUAAGUAUGUGUUGUUCUGUUCAAAUUUUGUAGAUAAAAUAAUGCAUCAACUUAGUUCUCAUUUAAGUUUCUUACGGUUUGUGAUGAUUGAAAUUUUGGACGAAAUUGUAAUUAUAAUAAAAAUAUGUUACAUUA